AUGGACCUUUCUAAGACUCCGUCGCCCAUGCAUGCGACGGGAGCCAGCCAGGCCCCGAUGCUAGCAAGCGCGGAGGGAGCGCGACUGAAAAGCAUGAAUCGCACGACGGGCAACCGCAGCCGGGCGGUGCCGGUGCGAGGCAAUGACCUCACAAUCGCUGCCCCCUCGUCCCGCCUCAAGCAUGACCUGCGCCACGUGCACUUUGACUCCAAGCCUGUGCUGGGCGCCCUGCGAACCAAGCUCGAGUCAGCAAAGGACAAAAUGGACGCGGAGCUGCGCUGCUUCUGUCUAGACAUCUUCCACCCGCUCUCCCCCCUCGCCCUCCUUCCCACACACUCGCCCCUCCUCCUCCUUCCCGCCCACUCACCCCCCUCGCCCUUCCCGGCCCAGUCCUCCGCGCAGUCCCCCCUCCCCUCGCCCAUGUGCCCCUCAGACUCCCCCUGUACCCCUGUCACGCCUGUGCCAAGCAUUGCAGACGAUUUUGGGCGGCAGAGUGAGUCCAUUGUGCAGGAGCUGAACGCCGCCAGACAAGCCAUGCCGCCCGGAAGCCCUCUGCGCCAGCUCAUAAUGAAGCUGCUUUUUGUCCUGACCCGAUGCACGAGAUUGCUACAGUUCCAGAAGGAAGGAGAGGGUGUGGGCGGCAGGCACAGUGAUGGGGGGGAUGGUGGAGAGAUAAGGGCCAACAGCAUGGGGAAAGGAGGGGUGAGUGAGGAAGAAGAAAGAGGAGGAGAGGGAGGAGGAGGAGAAGGAGGAGGGAUGGGAGUUAGUAGUGACACGGGUGGCACUGCUGAUGUCAGCACUGUUGGGGCAAGGCGAAGUGGGGAUGUGGUAACUGCCAGACUGGGAACAUCUGUAACACCUGGUGCAAGGAGCAGGAGGGCAGAGUUACAUGUGGUUACCAAGCAACCAGACGCACCCCUGGUUACCAGACUAUCAGACGGGCAAAUUCCUGUGGUAUUGGAAAAGGCGAUGCCUAGGCGAGUGGUAUUUGGAAGCGAUUCACGGUGGAAGGAGGCUUUAAACCUGCAUCGGAGUGGUAAUAACGAGGAUGAGAGCAGGCAGAGUGGGAGUAAGAGGAGCAGUGCAGUUUGGAGUGGUUUGCCGGAGUUAGGAGGGUGGAGUGAUAGAUAUGAGGAGCAACAGCAACAGCAGCAGCUGCAGCAGAAGAAGGAUGGGGAAAGGCGUGAGGCAGCAGAAGGGGGAGGAGAAGAAGCAGCAGAGGAGGGGAGAGUUAGCAUAGUUAGCAAGGCCCAAGAGGGAGAGCAGCAGCAGCAGCAGCAACCGAGACCCUCGUUACGUUCCGUCCGCUCGCGGUCCAGUUUCCACAGUCCUGAGCACAGACGAGCAGCUCUAGCUGCUGCUGCUGCUGCUGGUGCCGCUUCUGCUGCUGCUGGUGCGACUGGUGCUGCUGGUACUGGUGCAGCUAUUGACGCUUCUGAUGGUGAUGCUGACGUGGUUGAUCGAGCCGCAGCAGCACUGGCAGCAGCCAUUGCAGCAACAGCAAAAACAGCCGGAGCAGGAGCAGGAGCAGGAGCAGGAGCAGGAGCAGCUGAGCUUGCAGCAUCAGCAGGAGCUGUGGGCCAAUCAGGGAGGAGAACCCCAACACACACAGACGGCAGCAGCAGCACCACCAGCAGGUCUCAGGGGAGGCUUGACCACGUGCUCUCGCUCUCACUACCCUCCCUCUCCUCACUGCCCACGCUCUCCUCACUCCCCUCCCUCUCUGCUCUGCCCCUGCUGCGCCCCCCUCGACCGUCUGAUGGGAGUGGCAGGGGGCAGGUGGGAGCACAGGAGGCGAUGCGUAGUAGAAGCGACGACAGGCUGUCGCCAGCUGACGUGUCGCCAGCUGGCGUGGUGCCAGCUGGGCUGGGUGAACAGCCCCUUGGGAUUGGGAGUGUUGACCUGUUGACCUCUGGGUUGACUGGGUCAGCUCAGGGGUUGACUGGGUCAGCUCAGGGGCUGACUGACAGGCUUUCACCACCAGGUGUAACGAGCGAAUCGUGGCUCGAUUUCACUCGAAGCUUCCAGGAGAUGUCUCAGGUGAAUCAGCAGGUUCAGGUGAACCAGCAUGUUCAGGUGGAGCGCAGUCGAAGCAGCGAGAAACUGCCACCAUCUGGCAGGAGGUUACAGCACUGGGGAGGAUCCUUCCAGGAAGGUGCCAGUGCAAGAGCUGCUGCGUCUGGCAAUAUCGUGAGUGGUGGUGCGGGCAUUUCUGCAGGCCUUGCUGCAUGGGACCUGCUGCUGCUGCAGAGGAAGGGGAAGGAGCAGCAGCGGGAAGGGGAGGCCCGCACGCCCCCUCUGAUCCGCGCUGGCAGCUGGAAGCGGGGCAGCGGCCGUGUGUCCACAUGGGGAGGGACAGGAGCCUCAGUAGUAGCAGCAGCAGGAACAGGAGGAGCAUGGGGAGGGGCGGCAGCAGGGGAGGGGAGCCCGGGUCCGAGGAGGCUGACAGCGUCACUGAGUGGGCGACUGGGGGAGGUGCUACUGGCUGUGGAGCUGCAGGCUCAGCGGUUCUCCUGCUCUCCCGGCACCCUGGGACUCGCCCAGGGGGGUGUGGGCGGCCUUGAUGGCGUGCCGACUGUUCUGCCGACUGGUGCUGUAGCAGCGGUAGUUCAUGGUGAGUCAAGUAUCUCUCCUCAGGGAAAGGCUGUGCGGGGUAGUGCGGUUGCCUCGCGACCUCCAAAGUCUCCUCAGAGUGUAAAAGAUGCGCAAGAGAGUGAUGAUGUGACAGGCUCGCUCAUGGAUGGGGAGCUGGAAGAGGGUGGAAUGGAGGGAAGAGCAGAGGGCAUGAUCGAGACUGAUGGGGACCACGAGAGUGAGCAGGAGAGGGGUGCAGUGCGGCAAGGCGUGCAUGGCAAGUCAGGGUUAGGAUUAGGGUCAAGAGAGGUGAGCGGAGUGGGGAAGUUGGCAGAGGCAGAAAGAGGGGGUGCAACAGCGGGCAGAGGGGAAAGAGUAGGGGAUGCAUUGGUGGAAGGGGAAGGUGUGAUUGGGGUGAUAGGAGCAGGAGAUGUGCGAGAGGAUGUGUCUCUGGAAAGAGGAGCUGCGGUGAUGGUGCAUGAUGGCUCUGUUGGAGAAACGCCUGAGAUGGCACCUGACAAGACACCUGAAGUGGCACUUGAAGUGGCACCUGAGGUUUCACCUGAGGGAGCGCCUGAGGGUGGUUCCCUUUCAUGUCCUCCGGAGGAGAUCCUUCUUCUGCCGCUGGUUCGGAUGAGUCGAGGCAGUGAUAUUAGCACCCCGUUUCAUGCUCUCCUUCCCUUUGAUGAUGCUCCCUUUGCUGCUGUUCUGUCAAGCCACUCAGAUGCUGCUGUACCAAGCAGUGGUGGUGGGCUUGGCAGCACCUGGGACGGUGCUGCUGGUGAAUUGGCAGCAGUGGGGGAAGGGAAAUGGAGGAUAGGAGAGCCUAGGGAGGAGCAGGAAGGGCAGGUGAAGGAAGGACAGGUGGAGCAAGGGGCGGUGGAGCAAGAGGCAAUGGGUGCUCGAAGUGACUGGAACUUUGCUGCUCAAGUGGAGCACAGAGAGAGAGAGGAGAACACAGAGAAGGAUGAGAAGGCACCUGGGUCUAGCAAGCUGAGUGUUGAGACGCAUCAGAGAUCCCUUGGUUCCCAUGAGUUGUUGGAGGAGCAGCCAGAGAAUGCAUUGCAAGAGGGGCCUGAGAGGCAGGAGCAGCUGGGGAAGGGAGUGAAGGAGCAGCAGCUUUCAGAGGAGAAGGAGCAGUGGCAUCACUUAGCCCAGAAGGCAUCAGAGGAACAGCAGCGUUUAGCCGAGGAAAGCUCGCAUUCUGCGCAGCAGCAGGAGCAGCAGCAGCUGAUGUCAGAGCAGGCAAAGCAGCAGCAAGCAGCAGGCACCCAUCCAUCAUUACUGCCGCCACCAUCAGCAUCGCCACCACAUGUUGACCAACAGCACAAACAACCACCACCUCACCAUCCGCAGCAGCAGCAGCAGCGGUCGCCCCUGUCAGUGCGCACCUCCCAGGCACACGGCAGCCCAUGGAAGCUGGACCUCGUGCCCCUCAUGAAACGCGCUGGCCUCUCCCUCUCCGCCUCCUCCUCCCCCACCCUCUCCCCCGCCACACGAACCGCCCUCUCUAACUCCUCCUCCCCGCUCCUCUCCCCUGCCGCCAAGCGAACAGGACUAUCCAACCCCUCCUCCCCUAGCCUCUCCUCUGCUGCGAAGCGACUGGGUGGUCUUGCCAGUGCGUCCUUUCCCAGCCUUCCCCCUGCUGCCAAGCAACAUGCUCUCUCCAAUUCCCUUCCAUCAACGUCAGUCAACGCCAGUCAACGCCCGUGGGGCAGCAUGAGCAGCACGGGUGGGGGGCAGAGCAGCAGCUUUCCCGGGGGGGAGUCUUUGACCAGGAGAGGGGGCAGUGUGGAGGGCGACAUGGAGCUGCUGGGAGCAGGUGCUGCUGUGGAGGAGAUUGAUGAAGAAAUUAAUGUGGUGAGUUGGGUGUGGGGUAGUAGCAUGAGCAGCAUAGGCCAGAGCAGUAGGGUGCCUGUGGUGGAAUCUUUGACCAGGAGAGGGGGCAGUGUGGGCAGGGAGAUGGAGCUUCUAGGAGCCAGUGCGGCAGUGGAAGAGAUUGAUGAAGAAAUCAACGUGCUGAACGAUCUGGCGGACAUAGCGGAGGAUGUGGGGGAGGUGCAGGUGGGGCAGGCGGACGCCCUCGCGCUGCUCUCCACCGACAUCCACGACCUCUCCGCCCUGCUGCGCUCGCACGCCGCCCGCUUCCCCUGCGUGCAGAUCUUUGGGCUCCGCAUCGCCAUCCUGCUGCAGGGAGGGGGCGGUGGAGGGGGAGGGGCGAUGGGGGAGAAGGAGCAGCGCACGACAAUUGACGACUUUGAGAUCAUCAAGCCCAUCAGCAAGGGGGCAUACGGCAGGGUGUUUCUGGCUCAGAAGCGAACCACAGGCGAUUUGUUCGCUAUCAAGGUGCUCCGCAAAGCUGACAUGAUCCGGAAGAACGCAGUGGAGAGCGUGCAGGCAGAGCGCAACAUUCUUGCCUCUGCCAGGAGCCCCUUUGUCGUGCGCUGCUUCUACUCCUUCACGUGUCGGGAGAACCUGUACAUGGUGAUGGAGUAUCUGGAUGGGGGCGACCUCUUCUCUCUGCUGCACGCUUGUGAGGCCCUGGAGGAGUCCGCUGCGUGCUUCUACACUGCUGAGCUGGUGCAAGCAUUGGAGUAUCUACACUCCCUGGGAGUGGUGCAUCGGGACAUCAAGCCAGAUAAUCUGCUCAUCGCACACGACGGGCACAUUAAGCUGACGGACUUUGGGCUGUCAAGGGUGGGGUUGAUCAACAGUGCCGGGGACCUCUCCACCAAUCAGAACCCGCCCAUCCCCUCCCACCACGCCUCCGCGCCUUCCUCCCCUGGCAAGCUCUUCCCCCAUUCAUACAGCGUCAGCUCCGAAGGAGCAGCAGCAGACUCACCGCUCUGGACCGCAUCCAGCCUGCAGGAAUUCCCCUCUCCCCGCUCUGGACCCCCUUCCACUCUCUCCGGCCCCCACUCCAAUUCGGCGUCUGGCUAUUCCUCCCCCCUGCAUGCUCCCGGAUAUGCCUCCCCACUGCAUGCAUCUGGGUGCUCUUCCCCUCUGCAUCCUUCGGGGUUGGGAGGAGGGGGCGGAGGAGGAGGGGGAGGGGGGUCGUUUUGUUCCUCGCCUUCGCACUUUGCAGGGGGAGGGGGUGGGGGAGGAGGAGGAAGCGGAGGAGGAGGGGGAGGAGGAGGAGGCGGAGGGGGAGGGGGAGGGGGGAUGCACUGUUCGUCUCCGUCUCAGAUCAUCACACAGCGGUGGCAGCAGCAGGCUCAGCACGCCUCCCUGCUGAGACGCCUGGCAGGGGCGGGCGAGGGGAGUGAGGGGAUGGGUAGCACAGGCAGUGGCAAUGGCUGGGGGAACAGCAACGGGAACGGCAGCGCUGAGAGUGAUGAGCGCAAGGUAGGGGGGGACUGUGUGGACAACCGAGGGGCAGGCCUGAAGAAUCAUGGGGAGGAGAAUGCGGAGGACAGCAGACUGGUGGUCGGUGGGAGUGCUGCUGUACGAGCUGCUGGUGGGAAUCCCACCUUGUUUGGAGGGGAUCGCUGUACCCUCUCCGUAAAUAACUCUCUGCUCUCUGCUCCCCAUCUACUCGCCCUCCCAGGCCCUGCAGCCGACUGGUGGUCAGUGGGAGUGCUGCUGUACGAGCUGCUGGUGGGAAUCCCGCCCUUCAACGCCCCCUCUCCCCAGCAAAUCUUUGACAACAUAUUGAACCGCGACAUCACAUGGCCAGCCGUGCCAGAAGACAUGUCAUACGAGGCGAAAGACCUUAUUGACAGACUUCUCAUGUUCGACCCAGAUGAGCGUCUAGGCGCCCAGGGAGCAGACGAGCCGGAGAACGCACACGACACGAGCUACUUUGCAUGCCGUUAUGGGGCCAACGCAAUGGAAGGAGGGGAGGGCGUGGUGGGCGGGGCGGGGGGAGAUGUGCGCAGCAGCAACUACAGCAGCAGCGGCGGCAGCACGAGUGAUUCAGAAGACCUGGAGAUGGAAAGGGUGAGGUGGGGGAUGGGGGAGGUGGCUCAGCACAAAGGCAUCCAACCAUCCUUUGAGUCAAGAAGGGGGCAUCUGGAGGGAUGGGUUGGGCAUACUCAAGGCACCAACGCAUCUGCUAACGCAAACCCCAUGACCCGAUCCCUUUUCUGUGCGUUUGCCUCCUCCUCUCUCACCCACCUCUCCCCUCUCACACCCCCCCUCCUUUCCCUCCACCAUCUUUCCCCGCUCCCCUCCUUCAUCCCCUCACUCCUCUCUCAUCCCUUACAACCCCCCCUGCUCCCCCCUGGCAUGUCUCUCCCCCAUCAGCAUGAUGAGGCACGUGACAUGCCGGCGUUCCAGUCCAACGCGGUCGACUUCUCAGGCUUCUCCUUCAAGAAUCUCUCCCAACUGGCUUUUAUCAACACGGAGAUUCUUGAAAGGAGGCAGAGCCCACCCAAUGGGCCUGCAACCGACUCUCCAUGA